AUGGGUGUUCUUUCUCAGUACGCGAUUCCGUCAUGCUUCAUUCCUUCACUGUCGUGUGCAGCUUCAACGCUCCUUCGUUCUCGCCUCAGACCCACCAUUCGAUGCUGCACCACUCUAUCCUCUGCCUCUCCAGACACUCCAACACCUACCUCAACCUCUAUCAAGAAACGAGUUGCCUCCGGAGUUCAACCUACCGGCUCAAUUCACCUUGGCAAUUAUUUCGGCGCCAUCAAAAAUUGGGUUGCUCUUCAGGAUGUGUAUGAUACUCUUUACUUCAUUGUAGAUCUGCAUGCGAUUACAUUACCGCACGACAGACAACAAUUAUCUAAGGAUACGAAGUCAACUGCAGCCAUUUACCUGGCAUGUGGGAUAGAUCCUUCAAAGGCUUCAGUUUUUGUCCAGUCUCAUGUCCGUGCACAUGUAGAAUUGAUGUGGCUGCUAAGUUCCAUAACACCAAUCGGCUGGCUGAACAGAAUGAUACAGUUUAAAGAGAAGUCUCGCAAGGCGGGAGAUGAGGAAGUUGGGGUUGCUCUUUUGACUUAUCCUGUUCUGAUGGCUUCUGAUAUACUUCUAUAUCAGACCGAUUUUGUUCCUGUUGGUGAAGAUCAAAAGCAGCAUUUGGAGUUGACCCGUGACUUAGCUGAACGGGUUAAUAAUUUAUAUGGAGGAAGAAAGUGGAAAAAAUUAGGCGGGCGAGGUGGUGCUUUAUUUAAGGUUCCGGAGCCCCUUAUUCCUCCAACCGGAGCCCGGAUUAUGUCCCUAACUGAUGGUCUGUCAAAGAUGUCAAAGUCUGCACCUUCUGAUCAAUCCAGAAUUAAUAUUCUUGAUCCUAAAGAUCUUAUAGCGAACAAGAUCAAACGUUGCAAAACUGAUUCAUUUCCAAGCUUGGAAAUUGACAAUCCUGAGAGACCUGAAUGUAAUAAUCUUCUUUCCAUAUACCAGCUUGCUUCUGGAAAGACGAAAGAGGAAAUUGUGCAGGAAUGCCAAAACAUGAACUGGGGCACAUUCAAACCUCUUUUAACAGACGCCUUGAUUGACCAUUUGCAGCCCAAUUCAGGUUAUUUAGACCAAGUAUUAGGAGAAGGUGCUAGAAAUGCUGCAGAUAUAGCGGAUGCUACGCUUCAUAAUGUUUACCAAGCAAUGGGAUUUUCGAAGAGACAUUGA